AACAGCUGGCUCCUUAUCACCUGUGCAAGGUGUGGAGGAUGGAGUCAUUUAGUCCCUGGCUGCUCUUUGGCAUGUUCUUUUCUCCUGCUCUGAAGUAGCUGCUGCUUCUUUCCUGGGUCUGGGUCAUUCCACUUUUCUUAGUUCUGUAGAGUUUGGGCAGAAGUUCAGCAACCUCAUCUGGACUACUUUCAUUUACCUUGGUGCUCUCUAGAGUGUAAUGCUGUUUUUGUGAGGUGCCCUAUGGAGCAAGAAAACCCCAAUGGCCCCCCAUCAAGCAAGGGUUCAGAAGGAACAGGAAACGGCCCUCAUGCCCUCCCGGCAGGGAGUACGGGAAAUUCCCCGCUAUGGCGACCAUGGGAACAGGUUAGCAAAGAACAGACUGGGGAACAAUCUCGCACACGGGAAGCCCAACAGACAGAGUUCCCCAAGAGAGUGAUGCCUCCAUGGGUGCUGGCAGAGGCUGCGUGGGGUGAUGACACUCCAGCACUGUCGCCCUCCUUCCGUCAAGAUGCCGAAGCAUGCCAGAGGUCUAGGAAAGUGUCUGCUGAGAGGCACACAAGGGAGCUGGAGAAGCAGACCCUUCUGCCAGAGGACACCCACCUCUUGAUCAGGGAGCCUGGCCCACAGACCUGCUCCCCAGGAGUGGGUCUGGCUGAGGCUUCCCUGAUGAGACAGCAGGAGUGCCAAAGGCAGAAACACCAGGUGGCAUUGGAGGCGGCUCCUCUAAGUUCCCCUGCAGCAUCUCAGGCUCCUUCUGACACUGAGCAGGGACAGGUAUUAACCGAGACCAAGAAGGAAGAUGAUGAUUGUGAUGCCAGCCUCUCAGGCAGCUCAAAGACUCCUCAGUCUCCAGGAGAUGAAAGGAGGACGGCCACAGGUGAUGGGGGGAAGUGUGUGCUGGAACAUGCAGAACUUGAGGAACACAGUGUGAGGCUAGAAGAGGAGACUCAUUCUGAGCACUGUCAGCAGGAAAGUGCCUCAGCAACUCAGGAAAGCGAAGAAGUUCCACAUAAAACCCACCCAGUGGAGGAAGCCACAGAAUCUGUUCCUGGAGUUGGAGGUUGCAGGAUUGCCAGGGAAAGCACAGUGCUGGCAGGAACUGAUACAGGUGACCUGCAGGAGAGUGAGAAUUGGGGGGUUCCAAGUGGGAGAUCCUCGGAACACACUGAACAAGAAGAACAGAGAGAGAACCUCUGGAAUCAAGAAGGCCCAGAGAGGCAGGCGGAAAAGCACAAAGAGGAGAAGAGGGCUGAGAAAUCCACAGAAGAUAACCGAACAGAAAGGGAGGAGAAUGAGCAGCUUGAGCCUCAGUUGACUACCCAUACAGAGGGGAAACCAAAGGAAGACUUGGAGAAUGUCAGUCAGAGCAAAACCCUUUCUGGAGAUAAACAGUUCCAUGGAAAAGAGAGGCCCUAUAAAUGCUUGGUGUGUGGAAAGGUCUUCAGUUACAAAUCAUGGUUGAGAAGACAUGUCAGAAUCCACACAGGAAAGAAACCACAUACAUGCUUGGAAUGUGGAAAGAGCUUUAGUCAGAAAUGUAACCUUACUAUACAUCUAAGAUCCCACAGAGGAGAGAAGCCAUACAAAUGCUCUGAUUGUGACAAAAGCUUUAGGAGUUUACAAAGCCUUAUUAGUCAUAAAAGAAUUCACACAGGAGAGAGGCCAUACAAAUGCUCAUACUGUGAAAAAAGCUUUACUCAUCCACACAUUCUUAUUCAGCAUGAAAGAAUUCACACAGGAGAGAGGCCAUACAAAUGCUCACACUGUGACAAAAGCUUUAGGCAGCGAAUAAACUUAAUUAUGCAUGAAAGAAUUCACACAGGAGACAGACCAUAUAAAUGCCCACACUGUGAAAAAACCUUCACUCGUAAAAUUCAACUUACUAAGCAUGAAAAAACCCACACAGUGGAGGAAUCAUAUCAAUGCUCCCACUGUGGAGAAAGGUUCCCUAAUAAAUCAGAUCUUCUUCUACAUCAAAGGACUCACAAAGUGGAGAAACCAUAGACCUGCUUGGAAGAUGGGGAGAGUUUCCAUCACACAUCAACUCCUUGUGCAUGCCAGAGAAGCCACAGAAAGAGACAUUGUUCAAAUGCUCACAUUGUACUUUUAAAGUGUUGGAUUUAAUGCAGCCAGUUCUUUGUUUGAUUAAAAAUGGGGAGACAUUUGAUGAAUGAAGAUUUUCCUAUUGAUUUCACAUCUAGCAGAUGUCCUCUUCUGAGAGAUCUGGGCUUCCUCCCAAUGGAGAAGACUGGUUCACCCUCAGGUGGUGGUGAAGACGUUUCCAGUAACUAGCCAAUUCUCCAUCUGAUCAUAAACCAGAUUCUGCAAUGUGAACUUAUGACUGAGGAGGAAGAAAACUGUUGGUGAAAUCUCUCUCUCUCUCCAGCAUUUAGUGGAACAAGCAGCAGCUGCAUUUUAGAUGUUUUAGAUGGGAACAUGUUUGUUCUUGUUAUGAAUAAAGUUGAAUGUAUUUUUUUC